CGAAGCUUGAAGAGCAGAAUCAUGCAAAGGAACUUGAGAAGACCAACUUGCAGGCAAAAUCUCAGGAAAAUCAUGAGGCUGAGAUUAGACGAUUGAGGAAGAGCUUGAACUUCAAAGCCACUCCAAUGCCAAAUUUUUAUCAAGAACCUAGUCCUCCCAAAGUUGAAUUGAAGAAGAUCCCUCCCACACGCCCCAGGUCACCAAAACUUGGGCGUCGCAAAUCAUCUGUCUCUGCAAUAGACAAUCCGUCAGAAGCUGCCAACUCAUGUGAGAAUUCGACCAAAUCCAAUGACAUUGCCGCAACCAGCAAGGGUCAGGCAAAUGGCAUGUCUUCCAAGAACCCAAAGCAAAAGGUACUCACCAAGCUCCCAUCCCAGAAAUCGAAAACUAGCAGGGCGGACAAAAAUGUGCGAAACUCCAAGCCUAAGGUCGAGAUGCUUCAGAUAGAGAACUCCACAGAGCAUGUAGCAGAGCCAAUUUCUCCCGAGGACAAUACUGAGGAAGGUGAGGCAGUGGCUAACCUCCCUGAAGCCGAAAUCAUGCACCAACAGGUUUCAGUGCUGGGUUAAGUAGCUGUUGAAUCUGCCAUACUCUUAAUUGUUAAUUUUGUGGCCGUUUGUGAAUAGAGAGGUGUGUGCUACUUGAAAAGGUAUGGUUCCUGAUCUUUGUUGCAAAUUUCCUUGUUUCCAAUUAAUCGAUACACUCCAAGAGACAUGCACAUCGUUCAUAUGUUCUGUUGUUUGAUUGAUUUAUGGUAAAAUGUUUAAGCGUA